ACUUAUCAGUGAUAGCAUGAACGAUGAACGGGAACCUGAAGAGUUACAAGUAGGGGAUGAAAACUGGUUAGGCCGCUCAGAUGUGGCUAGGUUUUGAUUUGUACGGUUUCAGGCGCAACAUACCACCUAGAUAUCCUCCUCCUCUCCCACUCACCACUCGGGACUCUCGACUCAGAGAAAUGAUGAGUUUGGUGUUGCAGAAAAACCGAGCAAAACCACACCUCUGAGAUCUGUCUUCGUUUCCAAGUUUCUUCUUCUCCUAAAGCGGAGCGGGAAAUUCAGUUUUUAUACAUUUGAACUGACGCGCGGAGAGAGGGAAACAGAGGUUAGAGGGUUCAUGAAUUUACGGGAGAGCGUCUUCGACUGGAAUUUGUAAAUUGUCAUUUUCAUUUCUACGUGGUUAAGCUUGUUCGGGGAUCGAGACAAUGCCGGCCACAAAGAAGAAUUCUGAAUGCGUACGCAUUGGACAUGCAUUCAACAUGUUAUUGAAGCAGAUUGGGGAUCCUGUUGACUUUGAACUGCCAGAAUGGUUCAAUAAAUGGAAGCCUACACCAUACAUCUUCAUAAAGCGCAAUAUAUACAUGACUAAGAAGGUCAAAAGGCGCCUUGAGGAUGAUGGCAUAUUUUGUUCCUGCACCCUUUUGCCCGGCUCUUCUGAUGUGUGCGGUAGAGAUUGCCACUGUGGGAUGUUACUGUCAAGCUGCUCCUCGGGCUGCAAGUGUGGAAGCGCAUGCCUUAACAAGCCAUUCCAACACCGGCCUGUUAAAAAAAUGAAAAUUGUAACGACUGAAAAAUGUGGGUCCGGGAUUGUGGCAGAUGAAGACAUUAAGCAAGGAGAAUUUGUUAUAGAAUAUGUGGGUGAAGUUAUUGAUGACAAAACUUGUGAGGAAAGGCUCUGGAAGAUGAAACAUCGUGGAGAAACCAACUUUUACUUGUGUGAAAUCAAUCGGGAUAUGGUAAUUGAUGCCACAUUUAAGGGAAACAAAUCAAGAUAUAUAAAUCACAGUUGCUGUCCCAAUACCGAGAUGCAGAAAUGGAUAAUUGAUGGUGAAACAAGAAUUGGCAUAUUUGCUACUCGUGACAUACAAAAGGGCGAGCACUUGACAUAUGAUUACCAAUUUGUUCAAUUUGGUGCAGAUCAAGAUUGCCAUUGUGGUGCUGCGGGAUGCAGGCAGAAGCUUGGGGUUAAACUGAACAAGCCCAAAAUGUCUUCUGAUGCUGCUUUGAAGCUAGUAGCAUGCCAAGUGGCAGCGAACUCUACCAAAUUUAUAACAAAUAUUAUGGGAAAAGAUGUGUGUCAAAAUGGGGAUUUGCAUAUAGGAAGCUCGCAGCUUUUUCACGGCCGGCGCCAAAUCUGCUUUCACAAUUGCAUUGGUGAAGUAGUCAGGAUAUCUCGUCCCAUGAACCAGAGGUAUUUUGGAAUAAUUAAACAUUUUGAUAAAUAUUCAAGAAAACACACGAUAAUGUUUGAAGAUGGCAGUGUUGAAUUUCUUGACAUGUCAAAAGAGGACUGGGAGCUUGUAUCUUUGUGAUGUUAUUAUCAUGUGGUUAAGAAAGGAAAAUGUUUGUUAUACUCAACUUAGUCCCGGUUCUGCUGCACUGACAUAAAGAUCUAGCUUGCUUCAAACGGGUUGACAAGAUUGUUGUUGUGUCAAGGUAACCCUUUUUGCGCUGGUAAAGAAAUCUUCCGCCCACAGGGUUCAACAGAAAGACUGUUGUAGUAAUCUUCAUACUUUCUUCUCAUUCAUUUCUCCCUUCUAUAUUCCCCAUCCAUAAUAAAGAAAUUUAUAAUUUGUAUUCAAUGAUUUAUAUAUAUAUAUAUAUAUAUAUGUUAUCAUUUGGGGGAACUGGUAAAUGGGUUAUAGAAGCUAACGGCGAAGGCUGAUGUUUCUACGUCUUUAUUGUGGUUGCUAAAAAGUCUUGACAAUGAUCUCAUACAUAUAUGCAUAUGCCUUUGUAGUCUUUUGUCUUAA